GAUGUGUAUUGUUGUUAGCUGCCGUAAGCUGUUACCUUUUACUGUGUCUCUAUCGCUAGCUCUUAUCUGGUAGUCGCUGCGCUUACAGUUGGUCUACGGUAACAAUGGCGAACAACGAUUUCUUGCUUCAGUUUCAAGAGUUUGGCGAGGAUGGAGACCCCCAAAGUAGUACCAGAGAUUCUACAUCUAUAAACAUGGAAGGCACCAUGAAGCCUCAAAAUCAAAGCAAGGCCGGCGGACCUGCUGCUCUGGGGGUGGGGAAUGAUGAACUUGACACUGAUGAUGACAAAGCAGAGCUACUUUCCAAUGAAAGGAAAAAUGCACCAUUCUGGACAUUUGAAUACUACCAAACCUUUUUUGAUGUGGACACACAGGAGGUGAAGGAUAGAAUAUUUGGAUCAAUACUGCCAUGGCGGGGGAAAAACUUUGUCCGCUUACACAUACGCAGUAAUCCUGAUCUUUAUGGACCCUUCUGGAUUUGUGCCACUCUUGUGUUCGCCAUUGCCAUAAGUGGGAAUAUAUCCACCUUCCUGAAGCACCAUGGCAAUCCACAGUUUAAAUAUGUACCUGAUUUUCGGAAAGUUACCAUGGCAGCUACCGCAAUCUAUAGCUAUGCCUGGCUUGUUCCACUGGCUCUGUGGGGGUUUCUCACAUGGCGCAACAGCAAAGUUGUAAACUCUGUGUCCUACUCCUUCCUGGAGAUUGUCUGUGUCUACGGUUAUUCUCUAUCCAUCUACGUACCAGCUGUGGUGCUGUGGAUCAUACCAAGUGAAGGGGUGAGGUGGUUUUCCAUUGUUGCGGCUCUCUGUCUCUCUGGAUCAGUUCUAGUAAUGACCUUUUGGCCUGCCAUUCGAGAUGACCGCCCCCGAGUCGCCAUUGCAAUUAUCGUGACUAUUGUGGCUCUCCAUGUCCUUCUAGCAGUGGGUUGCAAGGCAUAUUUCUUCAGCACUCGAGAGUAUGAAAACACUUCCAGCUUGGGGCAGAAAGAAGAAAUCAAGGCAGUAUCAACGAUAAAUACCACUUAAAUAUCUAAUUCUGUCUAAGGUAAACAGUAUUUAUGUUACAGUGGAGAUUAAACUUGACUUCUCAGCUGCAUGUACACUUACAACCUCUCAGAGGUCUAUCCUUUCCCCAGAGAGACAAAGUUCAUCCUUUAAAUUCUUAAGGGUUUCAAUUCAUGCUUGUGUGACACCUAAUAUCACACUAGAUGAUUUCCUCUUGUCUUGAUGAUAUGUAAUUGCCUUGGUGUCUUGACAUACUAUCACUUGAGAUGAGACUUCCUCGACAUAAUUUCUCCUUUCCAAAGCAAGUGUUAUUCUCCUUUAAUUGCAGGUUCUCCAGUUGCCUUAUUAGUAAGAAUCAGGUUGCUGUGGUGAAGUCAUUGUCGUCUGGAUUUCAUGCGUGCUGUCAGUGUCCUUGUUAAGCUUUGUCUGUUCAGCCAUUAUUUGAGUGCUGGUAAGACUGUGCAUUUGUGUGGGGACAUGGCUAGCACAAGCACUGAAUUCUGAACUGCCUUACUCACAGCCUGGUUCAUUGUUACUGAACCACCCAUUUUACACUGGGAUGUGUAAUUAUGUAUAUAGCAGGGUUUUAAAAUAUUUAUGUGAUAGUUUAACUUGAGGUAUUCCUGGAGCAGGACAUAACAUUUAAAAAGAAUGAAUGGCAUAAAUGAACACUUUUAUGGGGAGGUCACUGUAGCUAUACUGUGAGCCAAAGUAAAAACAUAUUAGUCUAGUGAUUGAUUGGAAAUCAUCUGUAUGGGCUUCAUAGCUGGUCGGUAAAGUGACAUUGUUUGGUUAAGGGUCACAUCCAUGUCAUGUACAACUUCAGAAGAUUAACUACUGAUGGUAAGCCAGAGCUUAAACGUAAUUGAUAAUGCCUGGGCAUUUGGGUAGUGUUUCCCCUGCCGUGGUACUUUGUAAUGCAACAAUUAUCAGCCAAAACGUAGAUGUACAGUUUUUAAAAAUGAUUUUCCUUUUACUUCCAAAUGUUUUUGACUUUUAAUAAAGAUUUUGUUACUCUG